UGAAACCCCGAUCGUUUGUAGGCCACCCACCGCAAUGAUGGUAAAGGGAGCUAGAAAAAUAGAAAAGGAAAUAUCUAUCAACAUUUACGACAGGACUGUCACACUCUACUCCAUUGACACCGAAAUGUUACAUUCGAUACAUUGUCUUCGAAUAUGAAAAACUGUACGUCAUCUUUUAUCCUGCGCCAGAACAAUAAUACCAAGGAAAAUGAUGAACUGUGCUAUCCUAUCAGUCAGAGUCAGGAAUCCCCUACUGAGACCAUAGCCAUAGAAGUUAUGGAGGCGGUGGAGGCUCUAAUUUCAAUUAACAAGCACUGCAAAGCUAGGACUUCCAGCACAUUCAAGCAUAAUGGCAAGUUCCGACCUCUGACCCCUUCCUCUGACUUCUCAGAGGAUGACUGUCAUUUCACACCUGACCCAGCCGACGACCAACAGUCGAUUUGUAUGACCCCCCCCCACAGCCCAACAAAGGUUGAGGUCAUUAACAGUGGUCCUGCUACAGAGGCAGUGCUGCAGUGUCCACUGGCAGUACAGACCUCAUGGUUGAGUCAUAGCCCACUGCCAGCAGAGCAGGGCCAGACUCUACCACAGCUAGUCAGCCUGCCCGGAUCACAGGCCACCAGUGUGAUCCGCCACACCGCAGACACACAGUGCUGCAGCUUGGGCAUCGGUCGAGCCCCCCCUCUGGAGCACAGAGUAACCCGCCCACCGCCCCAACAGCCUCAGCCCAGCUCAGUCAGCAUCAACAACCACCUGGCAGACAGGCUGUCCAGCAGGGCCUCGGGAGGGAACAUAACACCCCCCAACUCCCCGGCAGCACUGGCUGCUCCCCAGGCUCUGGUUACUGUGAAUCUGCCAGCUUCUGUCGGCAAAUUCCACCAGCCUCCGUUAGUGUCCCCUGCCACUGAUAGGGUUUCUCCUUACCCUGUGCCAAUUUACUGCCAGAUAUUACCUGCUGUCCCUACUCCUGUGGACUGUCAUAGUCCAGUGGUAACCUCCACCAUUGUGCAUAAACACAUUGCAAUAACUAGUCAAAAACAACAGUCUGCAACAGGUCUUCCUCCAGGCAUAUUCAUGAGUAGACAGGUAACAAAGGCCCCUGCUGUAUUCUUGGUUCCCCGGUCAGUUGUCCCAGUCCAGCCUUCACUGCUGACCCCUGGUGGCACCAGGCUGCCUGCCAUUGCCCCAGCGCCAGGCCUCACCUCUGUGGUUCCAACAAGUAGGCUGCAGCCUGCUGAGCUGUCCAGACUCCGCAGCCAUAUCUGCCUCUACAAGGACUGUGGCAAGACUUACUUCAAGAGCUCUCACCUAAAGGCCCACAUGAGGACUCACACAGGUGAGAAACCUUUCAAGUGUAGGUGGGAAGGCUGUGAGAGAUCCUUUGCAAGGUCUGACGAGCUGUCCCGCCAUCGCAGAACCCACACAGGAGAGAAGCGCUUUGCCUGCCCCAUGUGCCACAGUUGCUUCAUGCGUAGCGACCACCUUGCUAAACAUGCCCGUCGACACCUUGCCUCGAAGAAGGUCCCUAGUUGGCAGAUGGGAGUUCUUCACAGUGGAGAUGUCACACAUCCGCUGUGUUCAGCGCUCUUCUUUUGGCCUUCGCCAUAAAAUAACUCUUAUUCAAGACUGUAUAACUGACAAGUUGUUAAUUAGAAAGAAAUCAAGUCAUUUACUGUGAUGCUCACUAAAAGACUAAAAGGCAUAACACAUUUAAUUACAGGUUGAAUUCUUCUUAUUUUUAAAGUAAGCAGGUUUACAUUUUAUUAUUUCAUGUUUCAUUCAGGUCCACUUGAGAGAACAGUAUGUUCUGUGGAUAGCAGAUCAAUGCUUGUUGAAUAAGCAGGGUUUUACACUCCUUUUUAGUCUUACAUGUAUAAAUGUCAACUUUGUUCAAAAUUGCUAAAAGUAAAUGGCUUUUAACUUAAGGCAUUUUAAAAGGGAAUUCUGUAGAAUUUUUGCAUUGUAAUGUAAGACAAUGUCAAUAAUAUAUCUGUAGUAAUAAUGAACUGAUACUGUUUAACAACAUUUACUCACCAGUUGAGUGUAUACAUAAGUGCAUGCUAAAAUGCAGUAUUUCUAUUGGUCAAAAGGAGGCACACUGGCUUAAUGCCAUGGGCGUGCACUUCAUCCUUAUUAAUAUUCAACGCUUUGAUGUCAAGUGCCACAUGCAGAGCAAAAUGUGGCACAACGUUAAGUAGCCUUUUCCCCAAAUCAGAGCUGUACUAGCGAACCAUGUAGUGUAUAAGACAAAUGUAUGGGUGAUAUAUAAGUUACAAAUGUAGUGUAUAAGUAGCCACAUUCUUUUACAUCACAAGAACCUGGCAAUUUAACAGGGGUGUGUAGACUUUUUAGAUCCACUCUAUGUACAGGUGACGUCAAUUACUUGAUCAUGUUGUAUCUCCUUUUCUUUGUUGUAGAUGGUCUGCACCUCUGACUAUUAGAGAUCGGUUUGUAUAUUGUUGGGGCUAUGGCUGACAAAAGUGUUGGUUCUCCUCUGUAUUUUGCGUACCACUGUAAGGCGCUAUAACAAACUUUGUAUGAUUAUUCAGAUAUGCAUGAUUCCGAGUUUUACUGAUUGUGCUAGACAACCGCCUGUUCAUGACAGAAUGGCAGUCAGUGCUGUGAAAUACCUGUUCCGAAGGUACACAGGUACAUACAUUUAGUAAGCUGUAAAAUCUCUUUCAAAAGUUAAGCAUGCGCAAAAUGAUGCGGUCAUGUAAUAUUAACCCUUUUCAGCAGGGAAAUAUUGAGAUGUGAGAAAUUAGUUUGAGGUUCUGUGCAUACAAGAGAGAUAGACUUACUGGAGACAUCUCUCAGGCCCAAAUCCAACUACUAACCACAUAAGUGUCCCAAAGCUGAGGAACUCAAAAUAAUCAGCAGGAGCCACAUCUAGCAAGUUUGCACCAAUCAGCCUCCAUCAGCACUCUGGGUUGGGGCUGGAUUGGGAUCCAGUGAUAAAGAACUAAAUUAUGGCCAUGAUCGCUUCACUGAGAUAUAAAAAUGUCACCUAGUGUUUAGAAAUACAAAGAACACAUGAAAAGAAACAAAUGGUUGUUUACCGUUAUAAUUCAGGCAAUGGGUAAAAAAAAUAUUUUCAACCUAACUAUGCCACAUAAAACUAUUUAGGCAAUAAUGAAGUAAAGAAUCGGAAGUGUAAAACUAUCAAAUUAAUCUUGCCACCACACACAGUGAGGAAGUUGCUUUGGAAUCUAAGGGGACUCAGAAAUUGGAACCCUCAUUUUAGUUUCUUCAAAACAGCCAUUACAAACUUCAGUUAACUUUAGCCAAUGCCAGCUAAAAUAAAUCAUUUUUUAAACUGCCAGUUAACAUUUUAAGUGACAUGAUUUUUUACAUGCAGGUAACUCCAUUACUUCCAUUAACAUUUAGCUAACAGUUGUUUAAGUUAAAGAAUAUACCUGCAGCACUGGAUAUAGUUAAAGGUUAUUCUUUUUUUACUUUCUCUAUUGAUCAUUAAUUACCAUUACAUGUCAGCCUCAAGUUACUAAUUUAUGGUUUGAAUGCUUUUGGAGCUCAAAAUAAAAAACAACACACAUACACAGUAUGAUUCAGUUAAGAGGUUUUAUAUUAAUUUCAUAACUUCAAGCAAAAUGAAAAGUAAAUAAAGUCCAAAUUUAAUGCAGGGCUCUACAUUGACCUUCAAAAAGCAUUUUACAGGGAGCAUGGAAGCACCCAACUUCAAAAAUGUAGGAACACAAUGAAAAGCAUUUGAGGUAUUAAUAUUAAAUCCUUGAUUUCUCUAGGUGUACUGAGGACCCUUGAUUAAUUGCAGGUUGCACAGAAAAAUAUUUAGGUGCAUAUGCAAGUAAAAUGGUCAUACUGUAGAGCCCUGU